AUGUUUGGUGCUUUGAACCGAUUUAUUGGCCGACUGGACGGAGAGCCCGGCCAACAGCCUCGAAACGGACCAAACGACAACGCGUUCGGCUUCCAGGUGCUCCGCAACAAGGACCCGGAGCUGCCUCUGGAGCCAUGGUUUGACUUUAUUGUUGGAAUUAAUGGUCAUACAAUUGAAGAUCCGGACCCCAACCUCUUUGCGACAGAAGUGCGAAAUUGCGCUGGAGCAAGCUUGACUCUGGAAGUAUGGAGCGCAAAGGGCCAACGAACUCACACUAUCACGCAUGCUGUCCCUCCAACGAACCCAUCUCUCGGUCUCGCACUCCAGCUGGCUCCCCUUUCCUCCACACAAAAUAUCUGGCAUGUCAUAGCCAUCCCAUCACCUCUCAGCCCAGCAUACCGUGCUGGUUUGCUGCCCUAUUCAGACUACAUCAUUGGAACCCCAAGUGGGACAUUAAGAGGGGAGUCCGCACUUGGAGAGCUGGUUGAAGACCACCUAGACCGCACAUUAGUUCUAUGGGUUUACAACAGUGAAUUCGAUGUGGUUCGUGAGGUUGAGCUGGUGCCAACAAGAGGUUGGGGUGGUGCGGGGGCCCUCGGUGCUGAGCUAGGAUUCGGAGCCCUGCACCGACUGCCCAUUGGACUCGGCGAAGAAGUGGAGGCACCCGGAGAGGUCGUUUUCGAGACACGCGAUGACAGUGCUGCCGCCCCAGUAGGUGGCCCUGCAGGUACUGGGCCAGAAAUUAUGCCUGCCUCUGGCCAGUUCUUGGUUCCUGCGAACAUGACAGCACCACCGCCCUUGGCUUCGCAAAGAACUGCUUCGCCAUCAGAUAAUAGGUCUCCAGCAAGCCGUCGUGCAGGAAGACACCGACCUUCGGCCUCGCCCAACAGGGCCUUCGAUGAUUACUUUGCUGAAGGUGAACAGAAGAGUCGGGAGCAAGACUUUGCGCCUUCGAGGCAUGGAACUCCUCUCCCUCCCCCUCCCAAGGUCGGACUCUCGCAAUCUCAUUCGGAAAGUCCUACAACUGCAUACGAGGCGCCGGAGGGUGCACCAGGACCGACAGAGGAAGAAUGA